GAGGUUAUAAACAUGUAUUUCGCGCGUGAUUAUUUUUUAAAUAAAUAUAGAACAAGUUUAAAAGAAAAAAAGAAUAACUCUUUCUUUCCGAACUCAUAGCGACUUGGAAUGCUUCAGAAUAUUUUCUCCUCUUGCCCAACAAAAAAUUUUCUUAUCCUUUUCCUUUCUAUAGAUUCCAAUUUUUCAAGGUCAUAACCUUCUUUGAUAAAUCUAAGUGGGAGGGAAGAAAAGAGGGAAUAGGGGGUAUUGGUUCCCUCAAGGUGAACUGAUGUAAAAAGGUGUUAUUAGUAUCAUCAUCUUCGUAUACCUGGGGUUGUUGUAUAUCGAAGCAGGGGAAAUGAUAAAAAAAUGGGUUGUUUUUGAUCAGUAAUACGGGAACCAGUUUGAUAUUUUUUUUUUAUCUAGUUUUUGUUUCUCAUUAUCGUUUUAAGAAUAUAAAAACUGUUAUUUUUUCCAGCUUCUAGUGUUACCCCCAGCGUUAUGAUAGCGAAGGAACGAAAAAGCUGCUGAUCGAAAAAGGAGGCAUCGAUAUGUUUUUGUUUACAUUGUUGAUCGGUGGCUUAACAUUGCUGAUUUGGCUUUUAUGGUCCUUUUGGCGACAGGAAAGAAGAAAUCAAUACCUUGACGCGAAAGAACGAGCGAUUUUUAUUAGUGGUUGUGAUACUGGCAUUGGUCAUCGUUUGGCAAUUUAUUUCGCGGAUUUAGGAUGCAAAGUCUACGCCGGUUGUUUGGAUCCCGAAAAAGCUAAGGGUUCGCUUCCAGAUAGCGUCCACAUCGUUCCUUUAGACAUCACUAAUGACGAAAGCGUGCGGAAUGCAGUGGAAUUAGUUACAGACUCUCUGAAGCAGAAUGAUCAAGAUUUAUGGGCUCUGAUCAACAAUGCUGGAGUUUGUAUUUUUGGACUGUUUGAAUGGCAGACAUGGAAGCAAUGCGAAACUCAAAUCCAAGUUAAUGUCUUGGGAACCAUGCGCCUAACUAAAGCGUUCAUACCUCUGUUGAGAAAAACAAAAGGGCGAAUAAUCACCAUGACCAGCGUCAACGGCUUCCUUGCUUACCCUAGUCUGAGCGUAUACAGUGCCAGCAAAUUUGCCCUGGAAGGACUAAACAACGCUCUCCGGGUUGAACUCUAUGAUCAGUAUGGCAUCAGGGUAAUUAUAGUGCAACCUGGUGAUUAUGCCAAACUGACAUCCAUCAUGUCACGCCACGAGCAACAUGCCAACGAAAUGUGGGAAAACAUGUCGCCGGAAGACCAAAACAGUUGUGGUGACUUUUUUCACAAGUACCAUCGCCAAGCUAUAAAAAAAUCUGGUCUCACUAGCCCGAUUUCUUUCGAAGGCUGCCAUUUACUGCUGGACAUGCAAGAAGCUGUAUUAAGUGUGGAUCCAAGGAACAAGUAUUUAUCUACUUCUUUUCACCUUAGGAUGAUUUACAGCUUUUUAGCUCUCUUGCCAUCUUUCGUUAUUGACUUCUUAUUCAGUAAGAUUACGAACAAAAUCUUGAACUCUUGAAUUGUCUGUUAUGUAAGAUGUUCUGAAAGCAUAUACACAGUAUUUAGGCACCAUUUUGACUUUUUUACACAGGUACCAUCAGCAAGCAAUAAAAAAAGUCUGGUCUCACUAGCCUAACUUUUUUUGAAGGCUGUCAUUUACUAAGGGACAUGCAAGAAUCUGUAUUAAGCAUGGAUCCCAGGGACACAUAUUUGUAUACUGCUUUUCUCCUUAGGAUGAAACCCUAGUGAUUUAAGAGUCUCAUCGACAAAACGAUUAUUGAAAAAAAUUCAAUUUUUUUCACAUUAAAUAUUAUCAAUAUAAA